GAACGUAGAGGGCCUGGGUGCGCCGUCGUCGGCGCGGCGUCGCGCGCGUCAUGCACGUCACGUCAAUAUUUUUUUUUUUUCGUACCGGUAAAAUAAGCUCUCGUGAUGACUCGAUCGUUUGCCAUUCCCUUCCUUCCUCUUGCUUUUUUUGUCCGUUCAAAGCUUGUGCAUGAGUGAUAUUGAACAGAGAGUAACACCAUACAAACCACAAGAAGGCUGUUAUUUUGACAGGUAACAGAGGACUCUUCCAGAAUCUCGGGUUACAGAUGACACCAACAUGAUCAGGAUCAAGCAAGAAGCACCAGAGAAAGAAGAGAGGCACACUAAUACAGAUUUAAGUUUGAAGCCAAAUGAAGGGCAUGUAAGUCUAAUAGGAAAGGAUGAAAUGAGGACCUUACAUAAUCUAUUAGAAGAAACUGUAGAGUCAGUCAUAGGAGUGCAGAUCAAGCUUGAGGCUGAAGAUGGAACUGUACAUACUCCAUUACCUUCUAAUGCCAGCUCAGAGAAAAGGGUUCAGUCAUUCCUAGGAGUGCAGGUCAAGCAAAAGAUGCUGUCUUUGAAUACUAACUCGGAAGAUUCUACCCAAUCAGUAAAAGGAGUGCAAGAAAAUGAAAAAAGAUCCAUACAGUUGAGCGACAAAACAAAUCCAUCUGUCAUAGAGGUUAUCAUCAAGGGAGAACAAGACGGGAUGGUUUCAAACACAGAUGGCAUUUCAGAUGAAGUAACACACCUUUCAACCAAAAUCUACAUCAAGCAAGAACCUUCAGGAGAGACUUGUGAAAAUCUUGUUCCACCGAGUCGAGAAGGGAAACUCAAGCAAGAAGUGGACAGUUCAAAUCCUAUUUCUUCAACAAGUUCUGGUGGAGAAAGGAAAGAUUCAGAACAAGCCUCAACAUCAGAAUACACUAUUGACAACAAACAAGAUGGGAAAGAUCAUGAUAUGUUACUCAACAGUGGAGAUAAAAUCCAUUCAACUGUACAUUCUGGAAGGAAGCUAAAUGAAAGUUCAAACGGCAAACAAGCUUUUUCUUUUCAACCCGCUGUUGGGCAACUUGUCAAAACACAUACAGGAAUAACAGAAGAGAAGCUACAUGAAUGUUCUUACUGCGGGAAAGGAUUUACCCGUAAAUAUUAUCUACAAGGCCAUCUCCAAGUGCACAGAGGUGGAAAACAAUAUGAAUGUCCACAUUGUAAGAAAUGCUUUGCCCAGAAGUGCGAUCUUGUACGUCAUUUGAAAAUCCACUCUGGAUUAAAGCCAUAUGAAUGUACAUUCUGCACGAAAACAUUUUCACGUAAAUGUCAUCUAAAAAGCCACAUUCGUAUGCACACGGGAGAGAAGCCAUAUGAAUGUUCCAUUUGUAAGAAAACCUUCACUUUUAGAAUGGAUUUGCACCAUCAUGUCAAAAAACACAGUGCAGAAAAGCAUCACGAAUGUUCAUACUGUAAGAAGAUAUUUUCCUCUCAAACUGAUCUUGAGAGUCAUCUUGUAACACAUGCAGGAGAAAAGAAUGAACCUUCAUUCUGCAAGACUCAAAGUAAACAAAAUGUUGAUUGUCAGUCUGAUCUUCAGCAUCAUGACAGAACGCAUCCAGGAGAAAAGCCAUAUGAAUGUUCACAUUGUGAGAUGGGUUUCUCUCAGAAGAGUGAUCUUGAACAUCAUAUGGACGUUUGUACUUUUGCAAAGCCAUACGAAUGUUCAUACUGCAAGAAACGAUUUGCUCGUAAUUAUUAUCUAAAAUGUCACAUUCGUAUACACACAGGAGAAAAGCCGUAUGAAUGUUUCAUAUGUAAGAAAACUUUCUGUUUUAAAACAGAUAUGCAACGUCAUGUCAAAAAACACGCUGUAGAAAAGUGUCAUGAGUGUUUUUACUGUAAGAAGUUAUUUUCCACUCAAAGUCGUCUUGAACGCCAUCUGAGAACACAUUCAGGGAAAAAGAAAGGAGUUUCUGAUCAAAGUAACCCAAGACGUCGCAUCCAAGGAAACAACAAAGAAUGUUCACAUCUAUGUCCUCAUUGUAAACAAACAUUUGAUUGUCAAUCUGAUCUUGAGCAGCAUGUCAAAACACAUACAGGAGAGAAGCUACAUGAAUGUUUUUUCUGUGGGAAAGGAUUUACCCGUAAAUAUUAUCUUGAAGGUCAUCUCCAAAUGCACAUAGGUGGAAAGAAAUAUGAAUGUUCACAUUGUAAGAAAUGCUUUGCCCAGAAGAGUGAUCUUGUACGUCAUUCGAAAGUUCACUCUGGAUUAAAACCAUUUGAAUGUGCAUUCUGCAAGAGAACAUUUUCUCGCAAAUCUCAUCUAAAAAGUCAUUUCCGUGUGCACACAGGAGAAUCAAAUUAAACAAGGCCUUUUAUGAAACCAGAAUUCAACAUCAUCUCAAAAGAAUUGUGUAUCAAUAUGAUUCAUCUUUAAUUUGGGUUGCUUGCAAAGGACCUGGGGAUUUCCCAUAUUAUAGAGAAUGUAUUCAGGGGCCCGUUUCUCAACACAUGGACAAGUUAGUCAUAUCUUUAUCCGCCAACCACGGAGUUAGUUCCAAUCUUACUAAACCCGUUUCACGAAAUGCUUCCUAACUAGAAUCCCUUGAUAUCGAUACUAUCGGUGGAAAGAGCAGACGAGACGUAGCCUUAGUCACAAAUGAUAAAAAUGCAAUUAUUGUGAUUAAUUUGGAAAUAAAUCUAAUCAAAAUGAUAGCAGAGGCAAAAUAUGUACCAUGCAUACUUAAACCAUGACGACUGGAGCAUUCAAUUGCUGAGAAAAUAAAAUUAUGAAUAAUUCUUUUCAUGACUAUAAUAUCACAUGUGAACGUUGAGAUGGGUACCCCCGGGAUAGUAAAUUUUGAUAGUUUACGGAAGUAAACCAAAAUGGUUUUCUUUGUAAAAUAAUGAUAAUUAUACGUUUAUUAAUGGUUCCAAACAUCAUCAAAAUAUAGUUUAACAUAAAUUUUAAAAUGUUUAGAUACCGAAACACACAAUUGACAAAUUAUUUGCAUAAAUUAGAGAUUUUAUCAAUUAGAGAAUUUAUCAAAGUGUUGAUAAGGGGCUGAAAACAACGAGUCCAGUUAUGGAUGACCUGACGUGGUAGAAUCUUUAUUGAUUUGAUUAUUUACUAUUUCAAAAUUAAUGUCUUUGUUGCGUUGUACCAACAGUUUUUAUAGUUUCUGUGCAUCACAAUUAUUAUUGAAUGAUCUAUCACACCUGUUUUGCAAUGUAAUUUCAACCUCUAUGAUUGAUUACGUAAGAUUAUAAUUUUCAAAUUUCUUGGCACUUUUGCAUGUCAUAGUCUACCCACAUGAUGCCACUACGUCACUAAGAAAAAAGUUAUGACAGGUUCGGAGGUGUCAUAAUUAUUUAGUGAGGUUGUUGUACCCGAUCUUGGUAAAGUGGGCGUCGUGAAACGGUUAGCGGACAAGUAGCUCACUAUCUCCGAUUUAGUCAAGAAGUUAGACUUAUGACGGUGUUGAGAAACGGGCCCCAGGGAUCUUUCCCCCAUACUUUGGUUUGAGUUGGAGUUUAUUAAGUGUCUUUUAAGUUUUAGAUGACUUUGUGGGUUGGUCCCAGACAUAAAUUACCAUUCACACACACUGGUAUACUGGUAUGUUGUUGAAGUCCAUUUCCACUUACAUGUAUCAGUAAGUUGAUUUUUAGUUAGAGCCAAAGGAUGCAUGUUUGUUGAAUGACAGUAGGUUGCAACUAUGGCGAUCCUUAUGAAACCUUACUUCACAAACUCUAUAAUAAGGAACAUUGUAUUUUAAAUUUCUCAUGAUAACAUACAAAGGAAAUGAUGAUUAGGUGAUGCCAUUAGUUCCAUUAUUUGCAUACUGACCGGAAUGUGCAUGUAUAUGUUCUGUUUUUGUGAAAUUAAGCGAAGCUUUAAAAUGUUACACUUUCUUAUCUGCUUUUGAUGUAAUUUUUAUUGUUACAUUUGUUUGAUUUUUCCUUUUUUCAUUUAAGUGACUCUGAAUGUGGAUUGGCUUACCUUUUAAUAGAAAAAUUUUACAAGCAGAACACAUUAAUACUUCAUGUAGUCUACCUUUUUGUACAAUACAUGUGAUACAGCCUUCCACAUGUACAUUACAUAUCAUUGAAUUAAUCAUUUCAAAACUUUAAUAUUGAGUAAGGUUUAGAAAAGUGAAAAUAUCUCAGAGGGAUUUUGAAAAGAAAUGUUAAAUCAACCAUUGUAGCUAGUAGAGAUGGACAUUCAACUUGUAACUUCUGAAGGUUUCCAUGGCAAAGAAGAAGAGUUUAGUGGGUUUCACGUUACACCAUGUAUCUUUCACGGGCAAUUGUUGGUCCUGAAUGGACUACCCAAACUCUACAUUCAACUUGAUUCUUUCUUUGAUCAAACAAGUUCCGCCACUUAUUAAUGAUUAUCUGCAUCUUAAGGAGAACAUACAGGUGUUUUGACAAUGGCAAAUACCAAGGCGUAUCUGUACGUUUAAAAACGACAGUUUUCAUUGUCUUUGUUUUUGGUGGCUGAUUCCCUGUAUCAGAAUAUGUCUUUCAUAAAAUUUAUGCUAUAUGUCUGCUUUUUCAUGGAAUAAAGUAUUUCUUGUGAAA